AUGCCGAACGUGUCCGAUCAUGGAUUCGUCGCCGCAGCGCCGUCCGGCGCGAGUGAGUGCUUGUCAAAGGUGUCGGAGAAGGAAGCAGAAAUGCGAUCUCAAGCAUCCGAGCUGCUCCAAUUGCGAGAGUGCAAGUGUAGCGUGUCUCACAUACAUCUCGAGCAAACGAGCCGACCUUCCUAGAACUUACAUAUCGGAUCUGGAAUCCGAAGUGGAAAGGUUGGCUCGUGAGAAUCGAGAACUCCAAAUACUUCUUCGCUCGCGCGAAGCGAACGAGCAGCAUUCACCAUACACCUCCGCCUCUACGUCGACACAGGAACUCGGCAGUCGUCUCACGCAAGACUCAGAGACUCCCGGUCCACACCUCCAGGACUUUGUAACGAGCGUCUGUAGCGUCGUAGUCGAGUCCACGGGUCUUCCACGAUUCCUCGGACCAAGCAGCGGCAUCACACUCGCCAAGAUGGUCAUGGCAUCAGUGCGGCCCGAUGCUCUCACACGCACUCGGCGAGACUCCGUACAGCGGCCAGACACCGCCCGCUCGCAGACCUCAGUAGCCGCGGCCGAAUCUUGUCUCCCACCUCGCCAUGCCGCCGAUCAUCUCGUGGAAGUCUACUUCCAAUAUCGCACACCACAUCUGCCUAUUGUCCAGCGAGCUCAAGUUGCGAAGGUCCUCGACAGCGCGUACCUGCACUCCAACUGUGGUCAGAUUGCAGAUCGAGACGCACAACGAGAUGUCUUCACCACUUACAUGAUACUUGCUAUCGCUCUUUGCAAGGUUCCCAAUCCGUCCGGUGGCACGAAUCGAGUCUCGCAAACUCAAUUUGUCUCGAUGUGUCCAUGGCAAGGCAGCUUGUGGCAUCUGGUCGGCAUUGCCAUGCGCCUCUCUGUCGACAUGGGAUUGCACUGGGAGACUGAGGAUCACCUUCUCAACACCGACUCAGACUUACUCUACGAGCGCCGUCGCUUAUGCUUGAAUCGGAGAUCAGGCAUGUACAGCAGAGUCAGAGCUGGCCUACUCGGCUGGCUUCCCCGAAACCGAAUUUCGUGGCAUGGAGUUCGGAUAUCCGUCCUCGCUUGCGGGAGUGGCCGCAGUCGAACGUUAGACUUUCAACGGUAG